AUGGAGUUCUACUUGGAGAUCGAUCCUGUCACCUUGAACCUGAUCAUCCUGGUUGCGAGCUAUGUCAUCUUGCUCCUGGUGUUCCUCAUCUCCUGUGUGCUGUACGACUGCCGAGGCAAGGACCCCAGUAAGGAGUACGCGCCGGAGGCCACUCUCGACGCCCAGACCGCUAUCCGCCUGGUGGUGAUGCAGCAAAGCGCUCCUGGCGCUCACUGGGCAAGAGGGCCCAGCCUCCAUCUGGGGGAUUCUGCUCUGCUAGGGAAGAAAAGCACCGUGGUGUGA